CGUACUAGACCAGGAAAAUGAAGAAGGUACAAAACAAGACCACAGCGUUCACCUUCACAUUGUUGUUCAGCCUCAGUCCUGCUCGUACAGCCGCUGCAAUACGCGUGGCCGCUGCGAAUACAGGAGGAUCGGUGCCACCGUUGAACCUAUCUGGGGAACGCUUUAAGGGCCAGUCUACACUACAGCAGCUCUCAUGGACAAGCACGGCUACGGCAGAUACUUCAGGUACUCUACUUGUUCUUACCCUCAUGAAGAUGUUGUUCAAGUACGGGGCUCCUUACCCUCAUAAUGUUGGACAAGUACAGGAUCAGAUACUUCAGCGAUUUUCCACAGUAUUUGUAUUGCACAACACACUUCUGAGUCUGAGAUACACCACAGAAGGACUGAACGAAAAAUUAAAUAGUCUUUCAUCGAAUCUUGACCCUACCAAACAGAGCCAGCAUCCCCAAGGACGAUGACUCAAGGCUCGUCUUCUAAAGGACAUGUUGGUUUUUACAGCAAGCACAUCACGGCGCGUGUGGAUCAUAAGGUCUCUGGGAUAAGUGCACAGUUAUGAUAGAUCAUGAUAUAGUAUACUAUACUGAAAAAUAACGAUAUAGGUACUUACUUACCCUACUUCUACUAGGUUGUAGAAGUGUGGACGAUUAUAGAAUCUAGGUACUACUUCUACUUAGUAGACAUGUGUGGACGAUUAUAGAGGACGCGUGUGGACGAUUAUAGAGGACCAGUUAGGAUGACAUCGUCUUCUAAAACCUCAACCUUCUUCGUGCCGAUCCACCGAGAGCGCACAAGCGUUCACACGUUCUGUAACAGCACCAGAAGCUUUACAGGUUACCGACUACGGAGAUAGUGAUAGUGAUGAAUCCUCCCAAUUUGGCCUGUGGAUGGCACCGAAGUAUGUGAAGAGAGGCGGCGCGCCUAAGAACAGGCCGAAGGUGGCAGCUCCCAGUAAAGCAGUUCCAUCGAGGUUUCCUGCAGCAUCUAGCAGUGGGAGUCAGAACAAGCUGUUUGCUCCAACCUCAGGGAUGUCAAUGAGCAGAGCGACGCACAGCAUUUUAUGUCAUACGAGGGCCUGCGUGUUUAGAACUAAAGUAAGGGCAUUCUGUAUGUUCGAGUUCCCAAGUAGACCAAAAGAGACCAUCCUCUGUCUAUGGGAGUAUGAUCCGCGCCUGCGAACGAGACCUUUUAUGUAACUGAGUAGGCUCACUAUGUAACUAAGUAGACCCUUUAUGUAACUAAGUAGAGUCUCUAUGUAACUAACUACACCCUUUAUGUAACUGAGUAGACCCUUUAUGUAACUAAGUAAGUAGACCCUCUAUGUCUGCGUGAUGACGAAAAAGGUCACCUAUUAGUCUAUGUUUUAGUUGUUCUAAUCACAGCGUCUUCCGGUAACAUCAACGAGAGACGAGGUCGAUCCUUGGUGGCUGACUCGCCCAGAAGUAAAACAUUACCUGCAAGGAACAACAAAGGAAAAUUAAGGCAAGAACUUUGAUCUCAUAUUCAUUUCAAGUAGUUCUACCGGGAACGGCUUGAACUUGACAAGUUCAAGCCGCUCCCGUUGUAACUACUUGCGGGGCUUACCGCCCGAAUGGGUUAUCAGUAAGGCCGUCUAAGAAAGACCUACGAAGUAACUGGUGCAGGUGGAGCCUCUUCGAGUAGUGCUAUGAGUACAGGAG